AUGCAUCGGUGCUUCAUGCAGUUUUCGAGAAACUUUUUCAAGUGUCUUCAAGCUUCAAAAAGUUCAGCUUAUGCUUACGCUCAUGCUUACGCUCAUGCUUACGCUCAUGCUUACGCUCAUGCUUACGCUCAGGCUCACGCUCACGCUCACGCUCACCCUCACGCUCACGCUCACGCUCACGCUCACGCUCACGCUCACGCUCACGCUCACGCUCACGCUCACGCUCACGCUCACGCUCACGCUCACGCUCACGCUCACGCUCACGCUCACGCUCACGCUCACGCUCAAGCUCACGUUUACACUCCCAUCAAUGUUCUAACAUAG